AUGUAUUCCAUUCCAUCAAAAUCAUUCCAUCCCCCCCUGUUUUUUAAAUAUUUCAUUCCCUCUUUACCCUUCAUUAACAACAAACACCACAACCCACCACCACCACCAUCGUCAUCCGCCGCCGUCACCCGCCACCGCAGCUGCCACCACCUACCGCCGCCACCCCCCUCUGUCCCCGCCACUGUCGUCGCCGCCACCCACCGUCACCACUACCACUUCCGAUCAUCGCCACCACCCACCUUCGAUCAUCGCCGCCUCCAUUACCACUGCCACCUCCGAUCACCGCCGCCACCGCUAUCAACCGCCACCACCCACCACCACCACCGCUACCACCUCCGACAACCGUCGCCGCUGCUACCACCUCCGACCACCCCCGCCACCACUAUCGCCACUGCCGCCACCUACCUCCACCGUUAUCCACCACCACCACCAGCACCACCACCACCACCGUUGUCACCAUCCGUCGUCGUCUCCACCCACCACCGCCAACCACCGUCGUCGCUACAACUGACACCUAGCACCACGCACCAUCAUCGCCCAUCACUGACCACCACCAUCUGA